AUGAUCAGCUACUUAUUUGUGCUAUUAGUAGCCUUGGCUACAUUAGAUGCACAGCUCAUUGCAUUACAAGCCAAAUUUAAUAAUGCUAGUAUUAAAUUCUUGAACAACAUUAUGAAUAAUUUGUUAAAAAAUGAAGUUUCGAAAGUCGUUAUCCCAGAUUAUACAAUACCAGUCAGUAUGGCUUUAGGCUCAGGGCAAAUUAAAAUGAAAGGCCUUAAAAUUGCGAACUUUCAAGAAUCACAUUUUUUUUUGAGACCUCAUCCUUCUGGAAUAUUAUUGGAACAUAAUAGUAAUGCUCCUGAUAUUAUCGAAAUAGCUGGUAAUUAUGAAUUAUAUUACAAAAUACUCUUUCAUGAAACAAAAGAUAAAGGCACUAUGAACUUUAAAAUCUCUAAUAUUACUUUAUCGAUGUUAUAUACCUUUGCCAAAAGAAACAACAAACCUGAAAUUGCUAUCGCACAAUGCAAAGUGAAAGCGAAUGUCACUUACGAUAUUGCUUUUAAUAGUUUUGUUUUAAAAGUGGCUGCAGCUGUUGCACGCUCGAGUAUUGAUAAUAUUAUCAACGAACAAAAAGCGCAUAUAUGUUAUUAUUUAAAAUUGUUCUUGAAGAACGUAGUGAAUGCUCGACUUCAGACAAUGCCCCGUCGAAUGGAAUUAGCCGAUAAUAUAUUUAUACACUACUCUUUUCCGCGUUUUCCAAUAAUACCAAAAACUGAUAGCAUUGGAGUUAUGCUUUAUGCUAAUGUGACUUACGGUAAAGAACCUUGUCCAAGCGCUAAGUCCGUAAAAUAUCCAGAAAUGACAAAUAAUAAUUCUAUGGUGCAAAUACGAUUCUCUGUGCAUUUGCUUCAAUGUCUGGCAAGUUCGAUACAUAAAGGUGGUAUUAUAGAGGGAAAAAUAUCAGCAAAAGAUGAAAAAUUGCUUGCAUUCUUUUUGACGACAAGCUGUCGCCGUAUAUGCAUUGGCAAGCUUUUCACAAAAUUAGAAGAAAAACAUCCGAAUUCUGGUGUGGACUUGUAUAUUAAAUUUGCUAAGAAACCUUUGAUCGAAAUGGAAGAAGCAGGAAUAAACAUCAGUGCAUCUUUUCUCGUUGAUUUGCACCUUACAUCUAUCGACAAAAAUAAGGAGAAAUUUGCAACUAUUGAGUUAAAUAUUUCUGCUAAACUUUUGCCGAAAAUUAAGGGUAAUAUUCUUUUCGGUCAAUUAAAUGGUUUUGUUCUCUCGGUCAAACAAAUAAAAUCAUCUGUCGGAGAAAUUGAUCAAAAAUUCCUGCAAUAUAUUCAAAAGAAUUUUUUGGAAAAAAUAAUUCUUACAGCAGUAAAAGCUCGAUUAAAAGCCGGCCUUGCAAUACCAUCAAUUUAUAAUAUUUCUAUUAAUAUAACAAAAUUUAUCAUGAAAAAUGGUUAUAUGCAAGUUGAUGUGAAUUUAAAAAAUAUUAAUGAAAAAGAAAACGAAAAAGGAAUCAUCGAUGAUAAGAAAAAGAUUUACCUUGAAAAAGAAGAAGAAAAUGGCGAUGAAGAAAAACAUAAAAAGAAUAAAACUAAGAAAAAUAAAAAAGAUAAGAAUAAAAAAAAGAAAAAUAAUGAGUCAGAUGAAGAUAGUGAAGACGACAAUGAUAAGGAUGAUGACGAUGAUAAUGAUAAAAAGAAGAAAACGAGAAGGAAGGAGACUUUUACGUUGAAAAAAAAGUUUAAAAUAAAAUUUGAAAACGAUGAUUAA